UUCCCAGUGUGAAGAAAAGAAGCUCAUCGAUGAUCUCAUCACAAAAGGGAUAGAAGAAGGAAUGGAGGUGCAGCAUAUAGAAGGAAAGGGGAGAGCCGUGUUUGCCACUCGGUGUUUCCAGAAAGGCGAGUACGUUGUGGAGUACCACGGAGACCUGCUGCAGAUCACCGACGCCAAAAAGAGGGAGGCCGAAUACGCUCAAAACCCCGCCACCGGCUGCUACAUGUACUACUUCCAGUUCCUCUGCAAAACUUACUGGUAUGAACCAGCGCAUGUCCGCUUUUUACCACAACAUUUACAUUAUUACUGGAAAACACACUGUAACCGACAA